GCGGAAAACCAUACAAGCACAUCACAGUUCUUCCUCCUGGGCCUCUCAGAAAAUCCUAAACUGCAGCCCUGUCUAUUUGGACUGUUCCUGCCCACAUAUCUGGUCAUGGUGCUUGGGAACCUGCUCAUUAUUCUGACUGUCACCUUUGACUCCCACCUCCACGCCCCCAUGUACUUCUUCCUCUCCAACCUGUCCUUUGUGGACAUCUGUUUCACUUCUACCAUGGUUCCAAAGAUGCUGUUGAACAUUUACACACAACAUAAAGGCAUUUCCUACACAGAGUGUCUCACACAGGUGUAUUUUAUUACGAUUUUCACUGGAAUGGAUAAUUUCCUAUUGACCAUCAUGGCCUAUGACCACUUUGUGGCUAUCUGUCACCCUCUGAAAUACAUAGUUAUCAUGAACCCUCGCCUAUGUUGCCUCCUGGUUCUGAUUUCUUGGUUCAUUAUGUUCUGGAAUGCACUGCUCCACCUUCUACUAGUAAUGCAUCUGACCUUCCCUAGAGGUACUAAAAUCCCACGUUUUGUCUGUGAACUGCCUCCACUUCUCAAGGUGGCCAGCUCUGAUACCCGAAUCAACAAUGUUGUGUUGUACAUAACAGUUGCUCUCCUGGGUAUGUUUCCUGUCACCAGUAUCCUCUUCUCUUAUUCUGAGAUUUUCUCCACAGUAAUGAGGAUGUCUUCUAGGGAAAGAAACUAUAAAGCAUUUUCCACCUGUGGGUCUCAUCUCUGCAUGAUCUCCUUAUUCUAUGGAACAGGAAUUGGGGUGUAUCUUAGUUCGGCUUUAACUCAUUCUUCCCAGGGAAACACAGUUUCCUCUGUGAUGUACACUGUGGUCACCCCUAUGCUGAACCCUUUCAUCUAUAGCCUGAGGAACAAAGAUAUGAAGGGAGCAAUGGGAAGACUCCUCAGCAGAGAAGGCUGUUGUCUUUGA